CAGAUUCCUCCCUUGCCUAUUCCCUGCCCACUCGUUGCUACACUUUUCUCUCUCUCUCUCAUCAUCUCGUUCGUCUCUUCAUAUCGAAGAGAAAUUCCUAUUUUAUUCCUAACAUUUAGGUACUUAAGAUUUCUCCAUAAAUAUAGAAUAGUAGGAAAGUUAUAAUAAUUUAUAAAGCAAACAAAUUUUCCAUUAUCAUGGAAAAUAACAAAAGUAAUUCUGCUGAAACUCAUGUUUCAUUCACAAACAUCACUAAUCUUAACUACAUCGAUCUUUCCAGUUCAGAUAUUCACAAUUCUGUCUCUCUCCUCAAACAGGCAUGUUUAGAUUGUGGGUUUUUCUAUGUAAUAAACCAUGGGAUAAGCCAGGAAUUCAUGGAUGAAGUUUUUGCACAAAGCAAAAAGCUUUUUGAUUUGCCAAUGGAUGAGAAGAUGAAGCUUUUAAGAAAUGAAAAGCAUCGUGGAUAUACACCUAUUCUUGAUGAGCUUCUAGAUCCUGAAAAUCAAGUUGAAGCUGUAGGAGAUUACAAGGAGGGUUAUUAUAUUGGUGUUGAACCUAUGGAUGAUCCUGAUGCUGAGAAACCGUUUUAUGGACCGAAUGUUUGGCCAGCUUCAGAUCUCCUGCCUGGUUGGAGGCAAACUAUGGAGAAAUAUCAUGACCAAGCACUGGAGGUGGCAAGGGGUGUUGCAAGGAUUAUAGCUCUUGCACUUGACCUAGAAGCUGAUUUCUUUGAUAAGCCAGAAAUGCUGGGGAACCCUAUCGCAACCUUACGACUGUUGCACUAUGAAGGUCAAGUUUCUGAUCCAUCAAAAGGAAUAUAUGGAGCUGGUGCACAUUCCGACUAUGGUCUGAUUACACUCUUGGCUACAGAUGAUGUAGUUGGUCUGCAAAUAUGCAAGGAUAAGGAUGCCAAACCACAGAUAUGGGAAGAUGUACCACCUGUAAAAGGGGCAUUUAUUGUGAAUCUUGGUGACAUGUUGGAGCGCUGGAGCAAUUGUGUUUUCAAAUCCACCUUGCACAGGGUUAUAGGGAACGGUCAACAUCGAUACUCUAUUGCAUAUUUUGUGGAGCCAAGCCAUGAAUGUCUUGUUGAGUGCUUGCCAACCUGCAAAUCAGAAUCUAACCCUCCCAAGUUUCCUCCAGUCCGAUGUGAUGCGUAUCUGAGCCAGCGCUACAAGGAUACACAUGCUGAUCUGAGCACGUACGAGAAAUCGGAACAUUUAGGCCAUUCGAAUAAUACAGGACAAACAUAAUAGAUAAAUGGAGCAUCAGAGCCUCUUGUCAUAUGGAUCUAUGCACAUUCUAGCAAAGAUAGAAGAUGGUAGGUUCAUCAAUGGAAAGUCUCAAGUACAUAGAUCGUGAUAUGAAGUAUUCUUAUUGUAGUUUCUUUCAAUAAUAAUCAUUUAUUGUACCGCCUUAAUGAUAUCUCUGAUCCAUUUGAGUGUAAUGGUACAGAACAUAUCGGUUUAUACUUUAUAGUACUUGAUAUCAAAAGCUUUAGUUUGUUUUUAUUAGAUAUAUUUAGUGAUAUGAAAUAAAUGCAACAAUGCUUG